UUCUUCGUUUUUCUGGUGCCAGAGGGAGGGGUAAGUGCUGAGAGUGUUGUUGUGUGUCGCUGCUGGGGACAGACAGAGCUGGCCAAGGUUGCUGAAAGUACUGCUGAGACCAACAUAACAUCCUAAAAAGUACUACCCCAAGAGACACACUGAGACAAAGAGAAAGCGGAUGAUAUAGACAGCAAGCCGGCGUCCUCCACCAGAGAAGGUUUGCUGGAAUGGGUAACCUGCUAAAAGUCCUAACAAGGGAUAUAGAGAACUAUCCACACUUUUUCCUGGACUUUGAAAAAACCAAAUGGGGAAUCUGUUAAAAGUGCUCACUUGCACAGAGCUCGAGCAGGGGCCAAACUUUUUCCUUGAUUUUGAAAGUGAGCACAGCUUAUAUCCACAAAUUAGUUCAUUUUUAAACACAGAUAAUAAAUCUGCCAUGUCUUCAUGGAGGUUUUUCUUAUGUGUUGGGCUGGGGCCUUUUAUUUCCUUCCAGGCCAUUCAAAACCCCAGUGACUUCACGCUGCAGGAGCGAGCCUGGAACUCAGUCUGCCCACUGGUCAUCAAACUCAAGAAGUUCUACAGUUUCUCUCUCAGGCUAGAGGAGGCUCUGCAGAACUUAUUGGAGUGCCUGACCUGUGCGCCCUUCACGCCCACUCAGCACCUGGAGAGAGAGCAGGCGCUGGCGAAACAGUUUGCUGAGAUCCUUCACUUCACUCUGCGCUUUGAUGAGCUCAAGAUGAGAAUUCCUGCAAUCCAGAAUGACUUCAGCUACUACAGAAGAACCAUCAGUCGAAACCGGAUAAACAACAUGAAUUUGGACAUUGAGAGGGAAGUCAACAACGAGAUGGCCAACAGGAUGUCUCUGUUCUACGCCGAAGCCACACCCAUGCUGAAAACACUCAGCAACGCAACCACAAACUUUGUGACAGAGAACAAGACUCUUCCACUGGAGAACACGACGGACUGUCUGAGCACCAUGGCCAGCGUCUGUAAAGUCAUGCUGGAGACACCUGAAUAUUCGAGUCGUUUCAGCAGCGAGGACACACUCCUGUUUUGCAUGAGGGUCAUGGUUGGAGUCAUCAUUCUCUAUGACCACGUCCACCCCAACGGCGCCUUCAACAAGUCCUCCAAGAUAGACAUGAAAGGCUGCAUAAAGGUUCUCAAGGACCAGCCGGCAGACAACGUGGAAGGCCUUCUGAAUGCCCUCAAAUUCACCACAAAACACCUGAACGACGAGUCCACUCCGAAGAACAUCCGGGCGAUGCUCCAGUAAUGUUUGUUCUGUUUGUUUUUUUAUAUAUCUAUAUAAAUUAGAGGAUCAAUGCUCUGACCUCACAAAAAAGAUGUAUAUGUUUACAUUAUUUAAAAAGACUCGAUGUUAAUACUUGUGUGUUAUGGCAUAGUCAUUCCCUCCAAGCUAUUGCAGAACAUGUACCUUCUAUUUUGCAAAAAAACAACACGAAAGCAUCACAUGAUUGCCUCUACUCUUAACAGCUGUCAAACGACCAGUGAUGGAUACCUUUCAGCCUUAUAUAUCUGAGCGUUGCAAGCGGUGCUCUG